ACGCGAUGGAUUAUGUGAAUGACGCUGGACACUCUUAAGUACUCUAGAUUUCCCACAUCUAUAUCCUGAAGAGACAAUGUGUGACAGAGCAGGGUUUAUCAGUUAUGAAUGGAUUCAAUGUCCUAACUUAGGCAAGGAUUGCUUUGCCAAGACCUCGUAUGCAUCGUUGCAGGAAUAUUGUAAGGAUCAAAACAGAGAGUAGAAGUUUUAAACAUUUGUACAGAAUAGAUGGCAAUAGUCUACCAUAUCAAAUAAGGUGUAAAUAGAACGUUGCCCCAUGACGUUAAAGAGGAUGGAAACAAGAUUGAUGGCAGAAGUUUAAUAAAUACAAAAGUGUUUACCAUCUCAGGCUGUACAAAAGGCCUCAAUUAUAACAGAAGAAGAAAAACAAAUUGGUAAUAAUAUUCUGCGGUUUUUAUCUGCCAACAAUCGAUAGUAUGUGGACAGACAGACGUGAUGCCUCUACGUAUAAAGAAUAAGUCUCUGCAACAGCAGGAGUAAAAUAUACACAUCACUUAAGAUCUGUUGCCAGUUGAAAUGUUGGUAGCACCAGGAAUAUGCACAUUUGGGACAAUGUUCGAAAUUAUUGUGAUUGGCUGUAUCCUCUACAUAGUCUACAAUAUCUUUCGAAGUGUUUUAGAAAAGGACAGUGUGCCAGAACUUUUCUGUAAAGAAUCUCAGCUGAAUGCAUAUUUGAUAAACCAGUGCACAAACCUUAAGCGUCCAUUCCGCCCAACAGCAUGGGCGUGCAAUGCUCACAUACAAACCUUUCUUGGACUUUUUAUCCAAAGGAAUAAUGUUAUAUAUGAGAGAGAAUACCUACAGCUUUUAGAUAAAGGGAUCGUUGCUUUAGACUGGUGUAGAUUACGUGACUAUCCUCCGAAGAGAACCAGUUCAAUCGUCAUUGUACUUCCGGGUCAAGCCGACGACAGGAAGAGUGUUCGAAUAUUGUGUUCAGAAGCAUGCAAGAGAGGUUUUCGUGUUGUUGUGAUAAAUUCCCGUGGUCAUGGAAAUAGCUACCUGGCAACAAGUAGAUUUCAGAGUUUUGGUGAUCCGACUGAUUUAAGACAGUGUGUGAUGUAUAUAAACCGGAAGUUCCCUAAAGCUAACAUCACUGCUGUGGGGGUGGGAUCAGGGUCGGCAUUAUUAUUCUCGUAUCUAGGUGAAUUUGGUUCCUCCACCCGUUUAAAAGCUGCUGCUUUCAUAUCUCCGCUAUAUGAAAUAGACCAGGAAUAUUUAGAGAGUGUUUUAAAAUUUUAUCAGUGUGUCAUAUUAUGUGCUCUUAAACUGACUUUAUCAUGCCAUGCUAAAGCGUUGUCGAAAUCAGUUGACCUCCAGUCAGCUUUUACUUCAUGGAAUUUACUUCAAUACAUCGAGAAGGUUUACUGCGAUCCACUUGGAUAUUCGUCAGUGGAAGACUUUCUAGAGAAGAAUAACCCACUUCGGGACGUAGAUGACAUUGCUAUACCUCUAAUGUGCAUAAAUAGCCAGGAUGACCCUGUGUGUCCUCAAGACCAUAUCCCCUUCGAUAUUUUCAAUUACUACCCGAAUAUGCUGUUGGUUUCUACAAAAAAUGGCGGACACUGUGGUUUCUGGGAGGGCGUGGUCCCUCGAUCGUGGUCCGUGGAUCUCGCCCUAGAGUAUUUGUCUACAGUAAUCGAUUUUACUCUGAACAACAACAGGGAAACUGAAGGCGUAAAAUGACGUCAAAUGACGUCAGAGUGACUUAUUGUUAGUAAAAUGUUUGUUACCAUAGAA